AUGGAUACUUCUCCAAUCGAAUGUAAUCCCCAAAAAUACAAUUACCUGGAAGAUGACACAACAAAUUUCACACCGGAACAAAUCACAACGCGUAUGAAUCACGCGUUGGAUGUGAUAAGACCAUUUUCCUCGCUUCUAGACUGUGAAAUUGUGCAAUUUUUUAAUUGCAAUUAUUGGCAUCUAGUGCCACUCGAUUGGCGUGAGUGUUUAAUCCAAAUGAGUGCCAAUGAACUUGCCGAUCUCAUGGACGCUGAUAACGUAAAUCUGAAUCAUAACUUACCCGAUUCGCUGUCGAAGAUCCGCGAGGAUAUAAAAACGUUAUCCUUGAGUCGAAAGCGCGAGAAAUAUCAUCGAUUGACAGUGAUUCAUCCUGGAAAUAAAGAAGAAUUAGAGGAUUAUAGGCAGAUUUAUGUGAAAGAAACCGAUCAGUUUCCGUUUUAUGAGAAUUUAAUAAAUUACGAUCGCAGGAAACCGCCGCUGAGUUUUUUAAAGUACAAAUGUAAGGAUAAAAAGCUUGCGGAGAUUGUCGUAAUGGGCGACUUGUGUUUCAAAGCGUAUUUACAGCGAAAAGUUGAUUUUAUUGUUGAUAUCGGCGCAGGAUUAGGACAUUUAAGUCGUUGUCUAGCGUAUUUUUAUGGAAUUAAUGUUGUUACAAUCGAAAAGGAAGCAAAAAUGACUGAAGAAGCACUGCGUUUAGAUGAAAAAUUCCUAAAAUUAUUAAAAUCUCUCGCUAGAAGAGACCCAAAAUAUACUUUCAAUAUAAAAUCUACUAUUUUACGCAUUACCACAGAGAUCACACCUAACAUAACCUCAAAUCAAUUUGAAAAGUUGAUAAUUGACGCACAACUAGCACAAAACGAAGAUUUUAGCGAAAAAACCACAAAAUUUAAAUUUGGACUUGUUGGUCUGCAUCCCUGUGGAAAUUUAGCACCAACCAUGUUAAAUCUCUUUAAAACUGUCAAUUGUCAGUUUAUUAACAUAGCAUCAUGUUGCUAUAAUAAAAUGUCAAUAAAUAAUGAUCCAUACUAUCCAAACCCAAAAUUCAUCGGCUUUCCACUAAAUCACAAUGAAAAUAAUCAAAAUGGCGACCACAUGGGCAAAAAUCAACUUGGUCUUGCCCUUCAUGCUCUUGAAAACUACCAAGAACGUUAUAGGACAGACAUAGAAAGCUUUAAAGCUGAUUUUUAUCGUGCGUUAGUUGAGAAGUUCAUUGAGGACGUAGCACCUGAAUUCAAAGACAAAAGAAGAAAAAAUGUGAAGACCAUAGGACCUGGAGGUGUGCAAAACUUCAGGGAGUAUAUUAAACAGUCUAUUCCAGAGAUACUAAUUGAUGAAAUGGAUGAAAAAGUUGUAAAAGCUUUGGAGAAUGUGAAAGAAGAAGAAGAUUUUCAAAAAAUCCUCGCGUUUACUGCUCUAAGGCAUAUGUUUGCUCCAUUAUUGGAGAGUAUUGUUUUAUUGGACAGACUUUUAUAUUUAAAAGAAGAUUCUUCAUAUUGUCACGUGACACAGAGAUUUGAACCGAAGAUUUCACCACGUGUGCAUGUUAUCACAGCUUUUAAGAAAUAAAUGAGUAUAAAAU